AGAGCUGUGGGGAGCAGGACCCUGCCACGUGCCCCAGGAGGCAUUGCCAUGUCCCCCACUCCCUGCUUCACUCCUCUGUUCCCUGCUUUCUCCUGACUCCUUGCCCUGACCCCCACAGCCUGGCCUGGGGACCUGUGGGGGAGCCUACUUAAUUCCUGGUCUCUUUGAACAGCCACCAUCCAGUUGCAAUGGAAACUUUUUUUAGGCGGCACUUUGGACGGAAGAGGCUGCGGCACACCAGCGUGGUGGCCGUGCCCACAGGCAAGGCCAGGCGUCGCUCCCAGGUGGGGCUGCCUUCCACCAUGCUGGCCCAGCGCCGCCGCGGCUCAGGUACUCCAGAGGCAUCCCUCUCCUGCCUGGGCCUGGUCCGGCGUCCUGGCACCCGCCGACGCUCCAGCACCACACCGCCCUGCCUCAGCCCCAGGUUUGCUGUGCAGGCGAAGCGCGGGGGCCAGGCACAAGCCAUUGAUGCCCAACUGCUGGGUCCCUCUGUCCUCCUGGCCAGCCUCGUUCCCAUGGGAGAGGAGGGGAACAGGGCUCCCCAUGCUGACAGCUCCAAAUCCGAGUCUCUGGAGGAUGGUGGCACAGCAGCAGAAGCUGAGCAGGGCCAGCAUGAGCGUUGGGCUGAGGAGACAUGGCUGGCCAUGCUGCCCCAGCUGCGGCCACUCCAGGGGGGGCUGCUGUCAUGGGGCCCCCGCUGCCUGCGGCGCUCCUCCUCCCACCACCUGCCCACCGAGGUUGUGUACAGCCGGGCUGCCUACGGCCUGCCAGGCCGCUACCGCCGCCUCAGCCAGCGCCGGCGCUCCAGCGAUCCCCUCCGACCUGGGCUGUUCCCCUCCAGCCACCCACGGCUGCUGGCCCCACGCUGUGCAGGGGUGGCCAGAGCCGGGUGCCCCUCUGCCACCUUCCCCGAGGGCUUGGGACCGGAGUCCACCUGCCACGCUGCCCCGGAUGGCUGGAGCCCCCGGUUGCUGAAAGCUAUUGCCAAAUCCAGCCUCCAGCACAUGAUAGCCCAGCCAAACCCUGCACUAGCCCUGAGGAGCGACUCGGAGAGGCAGAUACGCAGCACUGUGGACUGGAGCGAGACUGCGAUAUAUGGGGAGCACAUCUGGUUUGAGACCAACGUCUCUGGGGACUUCUGCUAUGUUGGGGAGCAGAACUGCAUGGCAAAGCUGUUGCAAAAACCGCUCUCCAGGCGUAAGUGUGCAGCCUGCAAGAUUGUAGUGCAUACACCCUGCAUCGAACAGCUGGAGAAAAUAAAUUUCCGCUGCAAACCUUCCUUCAGGGAGUCAGGAUCCCGGAACAUACGGGAGCCCAUCGUUGUCCGGCAUCACUGGGUGCACCGGAGGCGGCAGGAAGGGAAAUGCCGGCAGUGUGGCAAGGGUUUUCAGCAGAAGUUUGCCUUCCACAGUAAAGAGAUUGUAGCCAUCAGCUGUUCCUGGUGCAAGCAAGCGUAUCAUAGCAAAGUGUCAUGUUUCAUGCUGCAACACAUUGAAGAGCCCUGCUCGCUGGGGGCUCAUGCUGCUGUCGUUGUUCCUCCCACCUGGAUUCUGCGGGUCCGACGGCCCCAGAAUCCACUAAAAUCUAGUAAGAAGAAGAAGAGGACAUCAUUCAAGCGGAAAUCCAGCAAAAAGGGGGCCGAGGAAGGGAGGUGGAAACCCUUUGUCAUCAAGCCUAUGCCAGCUCCUCUUAUGAAGCCCUUACUGGUGUUUGUGAACCCCAAGAGCGGUGGGAAUCAGGGAGCCAAGAUCAUCCAGUCCUUCAUGUGGUAUCUCAAUCCACGGCAAGUUUUUGACCUCAGCCAAGGUGGACCCAAGGAGGCGCUGGAGCUGUACCGCAAAGUCCACAACCUCCGGAUCCUGGCGUGUGGGGGAGACGGCACGGUGGGCUGGAUACUCUCCAUUCUGGACCAGUUACGGAUCAACCCACCUCCUCCUGUGGCCAUCCUACCUUUGGGAACAGGGAAUGACUUGGCCAGAACACUGAACUGGGGUGGGGGUUACACGGAUGAACCUCUGUCCAAGAUCCUGUCUCAUGUAGAAGAUGGGAACAUAGUGCAGCUCGAUCGCUGGAACCUCCAUGUGGAGCCAAACCCUGACACAAACCCUGAGGAAAAGGAUGAGGCAGCCACUGACAAGCUGCCUUUGGAUGUCUUUAAUAACUACUUCAGCCUUGGCUUUGAUGCACGGGUGACGCUGGAGUUUCAUGAAUCCCGAGAGGCCAACCCGGAGAAGUUCAACAGCCGGUUUCGGAAUAAAAUGUUCUAUGCUGGGACGGCCUUCUCUGACUUCCUCACUGGGAGCUCCAAGGACUUGGCAAAGCAUGUCAGGCUGGUUUGUGAUGGGACAGACCUGACCUCCAAGAUUCAGGACCUGAAGCCCCAGUGCCUGGUCUUCCUGAAUAUCCCAAGGUACUGUGCAGGCACCAUGCCCUGGGGCAACCCUGGAGAGCACCAUGACUUCGAACCUCAACGCCAUGACGAUGGUUGCAUUGAAGUUAUUGGCUUCACCAUGACAUCCCUGGCUGCCUUGCAGGUCGGUGGCCAUGGGGAACGGCUCUGUCAGUGCCGGCAGGUGGUUCUCACCACAUCCAAGGCCAUCCCUAUGCAGGUGGAUGGAGAACCCUGCAAGCUGGCAGCUUCCUGCAUCCACAUCUCCCUGCGCAACCAAGCAAACAUGGUGCAGAAGACCAAGCGGCGCAACUCCAUGCCUCUGCUCAAUGACCAACAGCCAGUGCCCGAGCGACUGCGGAUCCGGGUGAACCGAAUCAGCAUGCGCGACUAUGAGGCGCUGAACUAUGACAAGGAAAAGCUCAAGGAAGCCUCUGUGCCACUGGGGAUCAUCGUGGUUCCAGGAGACAGUGACCUGGAGUUGUGCCGGACCCAAAUCGAGAAGCUGCAGGAGGAUUUCCCUCCACAGCCCUCUGCUUUAGAGUGCCUGCUCUUUCAGGAGGGAGAUGGAGCUAAGCCAAAGACACUGUCAUUCCAGAAGCUUUCACCCAAGUGGUGCUUCCUGGACUCAACCACGGCCAAUCGGUUCUACAGGAUAGACCGUGCACAGGAGCACCUGAAUUAUGUGACAGAGAUCUCUCAGGACGAGCUCUAUGUGUUGGACCCAGAGCUAGUGAUCACCCAGACUGUGAGCACCUCUCCUGCCAUGCCCGACCUCGUGGACUCAUCUGCCACACCCCCUGGGCACCACUUUGCAUUCCCCUCCUCUUCCUCCUCUCCACCCUCUUCUCCUGCCCCCAGCGCUGAGCCUGAGCGCUGCCUCCCACACAGAGAUGAUCUUCUAAUAGAAGCUGCCAAGGGUGGCAACUUCAGCAAGUUCCAAGAGCUGCAUCGAGCUGGAAGAGACCUGAUGGUGCGAGACUCCUCAGGCCAGACUGUCCUCCACCAUGCCGUCAAAUCAGGGAGCAAGGACAUCGUCAGAUACAUCAUCGAGAACGCCCCUUCAGAAAUCCUUGAUGCCACAGAGGAGGAGAACGGUGAAACCAGCUUGCACCAGGCUGCAGCCUUACGCCAGCGCACUAUCUGCCACUACAUCGUGGAGGCCGGGGCUUCGCUCAUGAAGACAGACCUGCAGGGAGACACCCCAAAGCACCGUGCUGAGAAAGCCAAUGACCCUGACUUAGCUGCCUACCUCGAGAACCGACAGCACUACCAGAUGAUCCAGCGGGAGGACCAGGAGACAGCUGUGUAGUGCUUGGCGUGCCUUAGCCCAAGCCAGCUUGGGUAGGACAAGAGGACAAUGCCAACUGGCAGAGCUAUGAGUCUGGCCCAACCCUCUCUAGAUGUCAACCUGGUCCUUGGAGAUGGAUACAGCAGAGUUCUGCCCCAGGCUGGGCUGGGACUCUGUUUAUGAGGACAGUGGGUAUUUCGGACUUGAAGCCUGAUUCUUUGUGCGUCCACUCCUUCACGUCUCAUUCACCACAUUCCCUGCCCUAGAUGGGCUCUAUCCCCUGGCCAUAUUGAGGCAAGCCAGGCUGAAGCCCCCAGUCACUCUUGUGCAUGGGAGUAAUGCCAGUGCCCCCUCUGCAGGCUCCUGCCUAUGAUCCUUGUGGGAUAUCAUUCCUCAGCCCCUCUCUCUGCUGGCAGUGCCCCUCUUUUAGGUGCUUGGCUAUGUUCAGGUCCUGUUCCUCCUCUCCUGUCUGGCACAGCUGCAGGAGGCACAGGUUCUGCAGGCAGACAGCAGAGGCCAUGAGCCUCAGACUUUGCCGCAAGGGAAGCAGCACAACUUACUGCCCCUGCCUCUUCUGGCUCAGGGUAUGGAUGGCACAGAGGAAGGCUACCAAGCCGUCCCACCAUCCUUCCCUCCACAGGGCUGGGUGGGACAGCUUGCACACCCAGUGUCUGCUGGGCAUCUCUCUGUGAGCCUACUGCAGCAAGUAGCCAUGGUGGAGAGCUACUUGACCUUGAGUAGUGCCUGUGGUGAAGCCUGUUGUAUUUCCCAAAUGCUGACUUGGAUUCAGCUGCCCUCCCUAGUUCAGUUUCCCCUUCAAUGCUAGUCUGUGCAUGGGGCUGGAGGAGCAAUGCUGGGGUCAGUGCUGCUCUCAGGGAUUCCCCCCCAUGCCCCUCAACCUGACAACAUGCAUCUUCUGAGUCCAAGUCCUGCCAUUCCCUAAACUGGGCACAGGACUUUGCAGGGAAAACUUCAGAGCUCACCCAGCCAAGGCACAAAGUCCCUGGGCAGGCCACCAGCUCACUGUCUCCAGUUUUUUCUCCAGAACAAGGAACCUGGGAAGCAUAUGGGCUCCCAGCCCUGAGUCGCGCCUGCAGGGGGGCCUGCCAUGGAGCAUGAGGCACCACAACCCAUCUCCCCUGCAGUGGACACUUGAUGCAGAGGCAUCAAGCCAGCCUUUCAGCAAGGCUUUUGGAGAACUGGCAUUCUCUGAGACCAGGAGGUGCCAGCAGAGGAGGAAAGCUAGUAGCUCUGGGCCUGGCAAACCUGCUUGGCACUUUCAGGUGGGCAGUGAAGUGGGUUGCUGUUCACAGCUUGGAUCCUGGGAAAGGAUACUGCUGCUGCCGCGUGGGGUCUGUACAGUCCCUCUGCACUUACACCCAGCUGCGCCCACUGGGUAGUGCCAGAUGGCACCAUUUGAAUCCCCUAAUACCAAUACCAAAAAAAGGUGAUUAUACCACAGAGAACCAGAAUACUCUUCAGGUUUUUUGGCCAGGGGCAGAGUUCCCUUUGAGGAUGAGGGAUAUUGUAGUGGGGAACAGAGGCAGAGGGCAGUGCAGAAUGGCAGGAGCUAGUGGCACUGGCAGUUAAUAAUGUUUGCAUCUUAAUGCAUUCAGAGUUGGGAUGCAGGCCAGUGACAAAAAAGGCACUGUCGUCUUCUCAGAGGUCCACACUACUGCUCUCCCAGAUGGGACACCCAGCUUGGCCCAGAGGCAUCUACAGCGCCAGCUUCUCCCUUUCUCCCUUAUAGUUUUUGUACAGGUAGUUGAGAGACACACUGUCCCCCUCCCCACCUGGCCCCUCCAUGCAUGCGUGAGCUGAGUUGCUGUGCAAUUCCAAGCCUGCUGGUAUUUUGAAGAUGGAGGGGGCAUUGGUUGCCCUGCUCACUGAGGGCAGGAGUUCUGUGCAAUACCUGGGUCUGUGUUUCCUAGACGCUGUUGUAGGAUUGUAUUUUUGUAACUCCGUGAGGAUGCUGGCUCCAGCAGGUCCAGGGCCUGGCACAAGCCUGUGUUCCCAUUGCUUUUCAACUUUGACUGUUUGGAUGUUGUUGUUUCUUGCCAUUGAAAUAAAGAGAUUGAUGUUUUAGUUCCCA